CAAUAGAGAUGAAGAACGCCGACUUGUAAUUGGGGGAGGUGACAUACUCAUACUAGGUGAUCCCUAGUGUGUAAAUGGCUAUAUGGCAUCAUUGCUCAUCCAACACAUUAUUAAAAACACAAAUGACUCUCCUGUAGGCCAGGCGAAAAUCUAACACGUAUAUAUAUGAAAAAAAGGCCAAUUUUUUUUUAAAAAAACAUCAUGACCCAUGUAUGACCUAUAGAUUAUCAAGUGACAAAACAGGAAAAUAUAUAUAAUACUGAUAAUAAACAAAACUCAACCCAAAGGUGUGUCCAAACGGAACAAAAUGACAUUCACAAUCUAGGAUUGAUUGAUGAAUGCGUUAAUGUCCCAAUCGAUGUUUAGUCCAUGGGGGAAAAAACAACGGAGUUGGUAUAUCCAAAACAUUUCGAGCUGGGACACGCCUCUAACUUUGGACUCCCCUCUCCAAUGGGGGGUAAAUUUCCUAAUAAUCUGAAAACUUGUUCCUUCCGAAUUUUUGUGGUGGUGUUCCAGAUAGUGCUUAGGAACGAUAUGGUUAGUCUUACCCAACCUGAUACAUGCAAUAUGCUCAUUAACUCUGAUGGAAAAUGUGCGUAUAGUCCUGCCGACAUACUGUUUUUGCACGGACAGGUGAGAAGAUAAACCACAUAGCGAGUGUCACAAGUGACAAAAUCCUUCAUCUUAUAGAUGGUGGAUGUCACUGUGGAAGAAAAGCUGUCUAUUUUUCUACUGGUAAGGGUGUUUAAAAGACACACAUUGCAUCUCCUGCACGCAUGAAAUCCCUUCAGCUCUGGAAAGAAGGAGGGUUUGAUGGGAGGGUCCGAUACGUUAGGAGCGAGUUUGUUUCUGAGCGACAUAGCUCCUCUAAAAACAACCCCAGGCCUUUCGGGGAGCACCGGGCCCAGAAGGGAAUCGCUUUUAAGAACACUCCAAUGUCAGUUCAGUAUGUUUUUGAUUUGCUUAUGUUGCACCGAGUAUUGGGUAGUGAAUGCCCAUUUGAACCUAGUAUCUGGAGGGCGUUUGGGUUUCUCUGAAAUUAUGGAAUCCCUAUCGAUCUUGGACACACGAUCAAUGUCAUCAUCCACUUUGGCUGGUGUAUAGCCCUUUUCAACAAAUCUGACCUUCAAAGUUUCUGCUUGAGUAUAGAAAUCGGAUACAUUCGUACAGUUCCUCCUGAUGCGGAGCAACUGGCUAAAGGGUAUGGACUUGAGCCAGGAGCUGUAGUGACAGCUGUCACUGGGAAUGUAUCCGUUUCUAUCGGUUGGCUUAAAAAAAGUUUUUGUCACCAACCGAUGAUCAUCAACAGAAACUUUGAGAUCAAGAAAAUGAAUCAGAGUGUGACUGAGCUUGUAGUUUAAAACGAUGCCCAUCACAUUGUCGUUGAGGGUAACCAUAAACUCGUGAAGAGAUUCCUCGUCACCUUGCCACAGGAGGAGGAUGUCGUCUAUAUACCUGGCCCACAGCAAAAUCUCUGGACGCUGGAGGGCAUAGACGACAUCCUCCUCCCACUGGGCCAUGUAAAGAUUCGCCAAACUGGGGGCGAACUUAGCCCCCAUUGCAACACCCCUAGUUUGGAGGAAAAAUCGCUGGUCAUACCAAAAAUAGUUGCCCUGGGUGGCAAAUUUGAGCAAAUCCAUUAUAAACCUUUGUUGUAAAACGUUAUUAUGAUAUGCAAAGUUAAAAAUACAAAAACAGAGACCACGCUCAAGUGGUCUGUGGACAAGAAACCACUAUCAAUUGAUAAUCAAACUGGGUCAGGGACACUUGUAAUGAAAAAGUUUACAAAUGAAGAUAAAGGACUUUACAAAGCUGUGGUAAAAGAUAGCAGGGGAGACGACACGACUGAAAUGGAUCUUACCAAAGAAGGUAUUGAAGAUAUAAUGCAGGAAAUUUGUAGAAUAAGUGCAAUGUCUGCCUCCCCACUGAAAGGUAAAGGCACAGCUGACGGAAUUAAGAUUUACAGCGAUGUGAAAUAUUUCAUGGAGAGCAUGAAUCCUGUGUGGCACCACAAAGAUAAGAAAGUGGAGUUUACUAGAGAGGUGGAAGAAGAAGACAAUGAAGAUUUGAAAGGAAUAACUGUCGUGUCCUUGAGGAAAAGACGAAAGCGAAGGUAUAUAGCGAGCAAUAAAUGCCUUCUCAACAUGAAGGGAUGCUGAGACCGUUUGAAUGUGACAGAGACACGCUUCCCAGUAAUAUGUACCAGAAGAAUGGUCUGCAUCACGGCAAGGACAUUGUGAAGAAAUCUCGCAGGACAGAUGUGGAAGACAUGACUCCAAAUCCAAGAAAACUUCUGCAGAUUGGUGGUGAACUACGUAAACUGAAUAAAGUAAUCAGUGACCUAACACCCAUAUCGGAGCUUCCUGUCACUGCCAGGCCGCGAUCUCGCAAGGAGAAAAACAAGCUGGCUUCCAGAGCUUGCGGUCAAAAAAAGAAAACCCAGUAUGAAGCCAAUAAAGUGAAGCUGUGCGGCCUGAAUACUGAAUAUGAUAAUUUGCUGUUUGUGAUCAAUUUAAUAAAACAAGAGAUAAUGACACGAAUACAAAUCACCUGGGUGAAAUGGGCUUUGGAUUCUCUCCGGUAGACUGUUUGAACUGAUGACGAAUCAUGCCCCAUUGAAGUGGAGGGCACAGACCAAAGAUUUAAAGGCACGGAUUGAAGAUUUUAAUGAGCUACAACUAAAGCUCACAGAAGACCUUGAAAACCUAAACCAAGAGUUGCGAACAAAGCAGAGAACCCUUAAUAAACAACAGAAAGAAAAAGAUGAAGUAAACAAGGAAAAUGAGGAACUGAAAAUAAUGGUGAAAUGUUUGAUCAGCAGCGUACAGAGCAAGUCCAUUCUGGACAGUAAACAGAGCAUGAUAGAUGAGCGUCAGAAGAAAGUUGGAAAGCUUGAACUGGUAACGCAUCGCCCCAGUGCUAGGAUGGGG